AUGAAGUCUUUUUUCUCAAGGCUUCUGCGCCGAUCGUGGUACAAUCGAAUACAGGUACUCUCUGAUUUGCAUCUCGAAAUCGGUCAGCAAUACGCGUCCUUUACUUUUCCAAGCAUCGCCCCCUAUCUGCUUCUAGCUGGUGAUAUCGGGCGCCUGGUCGAUUACGAUAACUAUCUGGCAUUUCUCCAAGCCCAAACAUCACGUUUCGAAGCCGUCUUCCUUGUUUUAGGCAACCACGAAUUCUAUGGCAUGACCUAUCAUGAUGCACUGGAUACAGCACGACGUCUCACCAAUGAACCUUGUCUGGCCCGACGACUUGUCCUCCUAGACAAAACGCGCUGGGAUAGCCCACACUCUAACCUGUCUAUUCUUGGCUGUACAUUGUGGUCCUUUAUACCAGAUGACAAAAUCAGCGUCGUGCAAGCUAGAGUGAAAGAUUUCAAGAAAAUUAGCGAUUGGACUCCUGCCAUGCACAACAGCGUCCAUGCUGAAGAGGCUGCAUGGCUCCGCGAGGAAGUCGCCAACCUGGCAGCAGCUCAACUGCAGAACCCUAGAAACUUACUUGUUGUCACACACCAUGCGCCGUGCCUCGAGGGAACUUCGCACCCCGACCACGCAGAUAACCCGUGGUCCUCGGCGUUUGCCACCGACAUGUUGGUGUCGGGGGACUGGAGCAUUGUCAAGACCUGGGUAUUUGGCCACACACAUUACUCGACGGAUGUAUCGCGCAAAGGCGUGCGAAUUGUUGCAAAUCAGCGUGGCUAUGUCAUGCCACUGUCUUCGGAUCCCCGCCGGAGCAAAAGACACGAGAGCAAAUACUUUGAUCUUGCCAAAGUGAUUACCAAUUAA